AUGUCGCGCGUGGUACCACUCGAGACUCUGUCGGAUAGACUCCUCAAAUUCCGUAAAGUGAUGGAGGAGAAGCAAUUCGGUGCUUAUAUAGUUCGCCACGAUGACGCCCAUCAGUCGGAAUACAUCGCUGCUUGUGAUGAACGCGUAGCAUACCUCUCUGGUUUUGAUGGUUCUGCAGGAACAUGUGUUGUUACCCCAACACACGCUCUUCUGUGGACCGAUGGGAGAUAUUUUUUGCAAGCUCAAAAUCAAUUCGGCAAGGAGUGGUAUCUGAUGAAGGAUCGCGAACCUAACACUCCGACAGUAAAAGACUGGCUGCUUAAGAAUGCAAAAGAUGUGACUGUCGGUGUCGACCCAGCGGUCACCUCAAUAGCAAGUUAUAUGGAUUACACGAAAAGUGGUUUGAAAAUCGCGAUGGAAGAACAGAAUUUGGUGGAUGCAAUCUGGGAUGAUGAUAAAGAGUACCCUAGGCCUAAGUCUGGCAUUUACAGUGCGCUGGGCUCGGAAGUUGCUAAGUAUGAGAACAGACUCCCUAUGGUGUUGUGGAAAGCGAUUAAAAAUGAAGUGGAAUGUGAAGGAGCGAGAGAGGCUCAUCGAGAAGAUGGUUUAGCAAAGACUAGAUAUAUGUAUUGGCUGGAGCACCAGCUGGCUGACCUUAAGAGGAGCGAUCUUGAUGAGGUUGAUGUUGCUGAUAAAUUGGAAGAAUUUAGGAAAAAAAGUCCAAAUUUUCGCGGGCUUAGUUUUACGACGAUUUCAUCAUUCGGAGCGAAUGCUGCAGUUAUCCAUUAUAGUCCUACGAAGGGAAGUGCGAGAUGUGCUAGUGAUAAGGAAAUGUAUCUGGUGGACUCUGGAGGACAGUACUGGCAAGGCACGACUGAUGUAACUCGUACCGUGCAUUUGGGUACUCCUACUGCUGCUGAGAAGGAUGCAUAUACUCGAGUUCUGAGGGGGCACAUAGCGUUGGCGAAGCAGAAGUUCCCGGUGGGGACAGUCGGUCAGGCUUUGGACGCAUUAGCCCGGCAGUAUCUCUGGCAAGGAGGAAUGGACUUUCGACAUGGAACAGGUCACGGUGUUGGAGCCUAUCUCUGCGUUCACGAAGGGCCUCAGAAUAUCGGACCUCCUGGUCGUCCAGGUAUUCCGGAGCCGUUGAAGCCUGGCAUGAUAAUCAGCAACGAGCCUGGAUACUAUAAGGAUGGGGAGUUUGGUAUUCGCAUAGAGAGUCUGAUGCUUGUCCGAGAGUCCCAAGUUGAACACGCUCUAGUGCCCGGCCAACAUUUGCUGGAAAUGGAGACGCUGACUUUGGUGCCCAUUCAGAAGAAACUGAUCAACACUGAGGAUAUGAAUGCCGAUGAGAUAGAGUGGUUGAAUGACUAUCACGCACGAGUUCUUGCCAAUGCUGAACCACAUAUCAAAGACGAAGCCGAGUUGGCAUGGCUGAGGGAUGCCUGUGCUCCACUGGUGGAGACGACUUCUCCUCGAAAGCGUAGAGGAUCUUCGAGCCGGGCUGAGAGUAUUGAUAAGAGACAAAAGAAUGAUUGA